AUAAAUACUAAGGUUUAGUGUACUUUGUCGACUUUGUACUGUAUAUAUCCCGCUGAGCACUACCGUACCUAGAUUUCGCUAUAACUUGCGGUCGAAGAUAGUAGAUUACUUCAGUAUAUAAUUCAGGGAGGCGUGUCACAUGAUCCGCGGUGCAGUGAUUCCAUGGACGAUACUGUUGUGUUGGUCAAGUCAUGAAUUGUAUUAUUUUAAUAUAGCCUAGGUUCGACUAAAUGUUAUGCUGAGUAGGAUUAGGACAUCCACUCUGAGUCAAAGAAAUUCUCUGAGGAUCCUCUCUUUAUCCAGCUAGAGUACUAGGAUAGGAGACAGGAGUCCUUUAUUGCUGUUGGGAAACCUGAUCGCUGAGCAGCAUGGGCCUUGGUAACAUCCUCCUCCUCUCCCAGAUCACGGGGUACAUCUUUGGGGCCAUCUUCUCCCUCUUCACCUUUCCACCCAUCGCUGUCAGUCAAGAUCACUUUGAUGAUCAUUGUAUCCUAUUCUCAACCGGCUAUCUUAAUACCACAUUAGAUAGAUAUGUGAUAAAUGAGUGGUCUCUCGGAACCCAAUGCGGGUUUGCCAUCUAUGUAGGAAUUCAGUUGAUGGGGAUAUCACUGUGGCAGAGCAUCCGUCUUUCCAUCCAUGCAGUCAAUGGUACUGACAGUUCUUUCCUGAUGACUUGUAUUACUUUAUUGGUAAACCUUCUGAUGAAUAUCAUGCUGCUGGCUUCAGCUAUAACUGUCACAGAUGGAUACAAAGUGUGGUGUGCAGCUAUUGAAAAAGCUAAUCAAAGAUGUGAAUAUGCUGGAUAUGCCAAUAAUUUCUUUUUUGAUGAGAAUAUAAAGCCAGCUGGAUUCAAUCUUGACUGGGGCAUAGCACAGUUUGGUCUGUGGACAUCAUGGAUAUUGUACACCAUACUUCUUAUCUUCUCCUUGGUCAAACUGAGCAACCUUCACAAACAAGAGAACAUCUUACGCAGUCUGACAAGAGAAAGACAAAGGUUACUCGGUCACUAUGAGCAACCAGAUUUGUAACACCUUUACAUUCAACCACAGCAGAGGUUUGUUAUAUAGCCAUUGUGCAUUUUGAAGUGUAGUUCAUAUUGUUUUCUAGAAGAUUAGCUUUAUGAGUCAGGGUAGAGUCUACGCCCAGACCUUCCCAGGAUGGUAAUACUAAAUUAAGUAGACCUUUCCAAAGAGGGUUGGCAUAUUUCCCACUUUCCGUCUUAAUUUCUUGAUGCCAUCCGAUAUGAAUUUUAGAUUUCGGGUAAAAAGUUAAUAGAAGAGAUUGAUUUGUAUUUCCUGUCUAAUUAAAAAAAGAAACAUAAAUUUGGGUGAGAUACAUGCCAAUCAUGUUCCCCAACAGACCUAUCAUAUUUAAAAAUUGAAUUUGCAUUGUGGCUCGAAGGGUUUAUUUUUUUUAUUAAGAGGACCAUUUUAGAAUCGAGGUAGAGACUAAGCUCAGACCCUCCCUAGAGGAUAAUGUUAGACAUACCUUUUAUCUAUAGACUUUAUUUAGAAGGUCAAGUUCAAGGCUGUGGACUCUUAAGUGGUCUUGACUUCUCUGUUAGAAUACCCAGUUGCCAUCAUCUUUUAAAUUGCACUUGAAUUUAUGUAUUAUCAGAUGCAUCUGUUUUACAUACAUAUAGACUAUAUCUAAGUUUAAAUCUCAUUUUACACAAUAUUCAAUUGUUUUUAUAUUUUGUUUUUAGUCAAUGUACUUGCCUUCCAUUUAUCAAAAUCUGAAGUAGAUGGUUACAUUUUGGAAUUAGCAAUGGCAACUACAGAACAUUUCUUACAAACUUGUGUAUUAAUGUUUCUGAUAAUGUUUUAAAAAAUCAAUCUUCUUUUCUUUAUGAAAAAAUCUAUAUAACGCAAGGAAAUCAGUGAGCAAAAUAACCUCUUGAUUUCAGUUGCUCUUUGAACAUUGAUAUCUGUAUAUGGCUUAGAAAUGAUAGUGAAGAAUUUCUCUUUAUUCAAGGCUACAUAUUUUUAUAUGGAUGUAUCAUGCAGGCUUCAUGUGCCUUUUUUUAUCUGAAUGCUUUUUUUCAGAAAAUAAGAGAAUAUUGGAUCAUUAUGAGCAAAUUUGCAUCAAUUAAAUUUAACCUAGACAGAGGGUACAAAAUGAUGCAAUUAAGCAUAUCAUCUUUCAUUUCAAGUUCAGUGUUGAAAGCUGGGUUUGUCAAGUAUUAGCGCUUUGUAACUUUUGAAAGAAAAACGCUUUAUAAGAAAUAAUUAUUAUUAUUGUUGGUAUUUGGGGUGUAGGCAGUAUCUGCAGCAAACAAACGAGAAAAAAAGGAUGUACACAGGGUGGGUAAAAAAAAAAAUGAGUAGAUAUAUAGGCAAGAAAAAUCUGUGGAUAAUUCUUGUAACACCAGCCACAAUGCCACAGUUGUGAAUGCCAAUGCCUAUACAGUGUAGUGCCAGAUAGCUUUCCAUUAGUAUAUAAAUAAAAUACAAAAUCAACUACACCAUUAAUAUUUUAGGGUGGUAUUACUUUUGUUACGGUCAUGUUAGUGUUAUACUAUCUGUGAUGGUAUAAGGAAUGUCCCUGGGGAGAGAGAUCUGGUAAUGAAAAUAUUUUUUGAAUAUAUUUCUAUUCACCAUGGUGAUGAGGAGUAGAAUUUUCUGUCAAAAUUUCAAUUAAGAAAUUGCUCAUUUGAAUUGCACAGAUGUGUUUCUCUGAGAAUUUUGAUAUUCAAUAAUUUUGAAUUCAAGAUUUAAGAAUCUGCUUUUGGUGACUUAUGUAAUUUUGUAUUAUAAUAGUGAAUCAAUGAACUCCAACCAUACUAAGUUUUGAUUAAGUUUUGAUAGGUGUGUUGGUAUGUACAUGUAACUCAUGUAGUAUUUUGUCAUUUCAUUUUUUAAAAUCAUGGUUGACCUCUCAGCUCAAACCCACAAUAGGUCACAUGGCAAGAUUCUCUGUAAUCAAUCAAAACUAGUCACUUGGAUUCAUACAACAAAAACUGUGUGAUCUAAAACAAAUUGUUGUCUCCAUGCUUUACAAAAUAAUAAAAUCAUGAAAUUUGAUUAAUAUAGUUUUUUCGGACUGCUGGGAGUUUCAACACGUGUUCUUGAUGCUUUUCAUUGUACCCCUGCAUUUUGUUAAUUGUUAUCUGUUUGAAUUUGCGAUUUUUUAAAUGUUACAUGUAUUUCUAUUCUGUCAUGUAUUGUAUGUUUUUUAAUUGUAACUAAUGGUUCAGAGAACGUUUUUAUGCCAUAUAUUUUUAUUUAAAAAAAAUUAUUUUCAUUUUUCAGUGAUACAUGUUGUAUUUUUAGAAUAUGAUUUUACUUUUAAUACAUUUUCAAUUGUAUGUUUGAAUUAUCUGUCUCCAAAUUAGAAAAUAAGUUUUGGAAGGCAGGAAAUAUAUAUGUACCUGUACCAUCAAAUUCCAGUACUCAUUUUUCUGAGUUAAGAAAAGUCAGACUCACUGGGAGCCUAAAAAUGAGAAAAUAAUAAUUUGCAACAUGUUGGAAACCUGGUGGGUGUUUCAUAAAGCAUGACUUUACGCACGACUGGAACAUGUUCUUAGGUCAUAAAUAAAUUCCACAGGGAUAUCACAUAGCACAAGAAAGGAUCACCAGUCAUGCGUAAAGUCAUUCGUAACUUACGAACAGCUUUAUGAAACACACACCUGCUGUAAUUUGAAGCUUGCAGGACUCCAACACUACAGUUACACCAAACUGAUCUGUAAGAAUGAAGAACUUGCCUGGUUUCCUGCCAACUGUCAAAAUAAUAUGAAUUCAAAUACUAAUUACACCAGCGUGACUCCUCACUAGGAUGUGUGGCAGAAUCAGUGUGUGUAGCGUCACACGCAAAUGAAGCAGACAUGACUACUGGGUGUAUAACAAAAGGAACCCAACUUCAAUGUAUUUUUCUGCAAAAAAAUAUUAAAUAAAAUCAGUUAUAGUGAAAUUCAUAUCUCAUUAAACUGUAUCUUAUUAGCACUCGAAUUGUACUUUGAUCAUGUUUCUAGGACCAUGCAUCAAUGAAUAGCGUUAAUUUGAAAAGAGUGUUCAGAAAUGCUUUUGGUUCACUUUUAUAUUCAUGAACAAUUGAAAUUGAAAGGAAUGAGGACCUUAUCACAGAGCAAAUUCAUUAUUCCGUUGAGAAAAGACACAAUCACAAUCUGCAUUUUCAAUGUGCAGUGGAAGUGAACCACCUGCUCUUUUGCACCAUUUUAAAUGGUGUUUAGUGAAGCUUGGUCAUAUGAAUCUAAUGUAAUUUGGAUAUCUUUGGCAUGCUAACGAGUCAUAACAUUUAAGUAAUCCAAUAUGUAUGUUUUUCCAAUUAUUAAUUUGAUAAUUUUCUCACAACAAUCAUGAAAGAUAGAUUUCCUUUAUAUUGAUAAAUCUGUAUUGGCGUUGCACCACGUUCAAGUUGCUGUGUAUUUUUAGGUUAAAAAAUAUUUCUAAUAAACGUUUAGGUAAAUGUUGAUACUGAUCUCCCAGCUUACUACCAGUGGAAAGUUAUUACUUGUGACACUUAUCAAUUUACAUUGUAUCAGAUUUUAAGGCUAAAGUAGUAUAAAAAAGGUUGGAAACAUUUGUCUUGCCCACUUUAUGGACAUAAAAUCAUACUAUUGUAGUUUUAAUCACUAUUUUUUGUUGUUGGGGGGGGGGGGGGAGGAUGGUUCAUUUCUCUGUUUCAUAUUGAUAUCUGAAGAGUUAUUGAUAUAUAUUGAAUAAGAGUUUAUUUACGGCUAAUUAAGUUUUAAUACUACGAGCAAUUCCAUAAUUUGAAUGAGCACAUAUAUACCAUUGCACUGAUUGUUUUACACGGUUAAUAUCCAUUGUUUACAUCCAAUACCAUCUUUUCACAACAGUACUUACAACAUAGCUGAUCUAUUUUGAUUAAGUCUUGUCUAACUCUAAUCAGUGGAAGUUUAAAAUUUAGAAACAAACUUGAUAUGUAUGGCUGAUGAUACAUAUAUGUUUUGUAUGAUUUUUAAAACAUUAAUAAUGUAUUACUUUUUGCUAAUGAAGUAAGAUAAUAUAUACAUGUAUGGUUGUCAUGUUUGGCUGAAUUUAUAUUGUAUGAGUAAGUAAUUACACAAAUAAGUAAAAAAAAGUAAUUGGAUUAUGAAAUUUAUAUAUUUCAGUCCACGAUUCCAUUGUUGCAGUUAAAUAAGUCACAUAUUUUAUGCAAUGGAAAAGAAUCAUAUAGAGUUGAGUGUUCUAUAAUUUUCUUUAAUUGUGCAAUCAUAACUCAAUAAACCUCCUUGUAGCAAAUGUGUUUUUUAGGAAUCAUCUUAAAGCAGAUAAAUAUAAGAUGGAAAAAGUUAUCAAAUUACUCCGUCAUUAUGAUUAAUCAAUUUAUGAAAUUACAAUGUGACAUGCUUUUAAUCAUGGCCAUAUGCAAACAAAAACAUCUAAACAUAAAGGAGAUGAAUGCAAGAGCGAUAUUUUUUUAUUAAUAAAUGAUGCUAUUUACCUUUGAAUUUAAGAUACUCGGCAGUGCAUUAUCUUUUCUACUUACAAUGAAAAAUAAUCAGUUGUACUUAUCAGUAAUUGCUUUAUGAUGGUACUAUACUUAUGCUUCUUUAUAAUCAUGACCUUGCUGAAAAUACAUUUACUGUUAUUAGGUAGAUGUGUAACUUGUCCCUGGCUGAAUAGGUUACUACUUUGCUACUCAGUUCUAUUGAAAUACAUUUUAUUACUUCUGUAUCAUAUAUUUCUAAUAAAUUUUCUAUAAACUUUA